UCUGCAGACGAACACGCCCCUUGGAGGUGCGCAAGGGCGAUUCGAUCCGCGUGGACAGAGCGAGAGGCGCGGCGCCGCGCCCGGGUGCGCCGCUUCAAAGGUGCCUCCUCGCGGGAAAAGGACAUCCCGUGCCGAGUCCCUUGGGCGGCUGGCGAGCAGUGCGGCGACACAGCUGAGCACCGCCUGCAGUCGACUCGCACCCAGGCAUGUACUCUGGCUCCGUCGCCCACCUCGCACCAAAAGGCCGGGCGAGAACGAAUCUGCAUUUGGCCGCGUCACUAGCACGCUCUCCUCCUUAAAAGGACUAUCACCAUCACCGCGUGCGCCCGCUGAAUGCGGAGACACAGACUUCAAAGCUGCUUUUCUGCGAGUGACAUCUCCCGGGCAAAGAUAAUUAAUUCUGUCGUCGCUACGUCUUUCGGCAACUGUAAUUGGGACUGAUUGAGUGUAACGCGCAAGUUUAGAAUGGCUGAGGUGCGUGGCUUAAUUUCGGUGUUGCUGGUCGGCGCCCUGCUGGCGGCUCUGCUGUUUCUAUGCCGCCGCAGCGGACUCUUGACCUGGCUCGUUGCCUGGCUACUCUCGUCCAGGGAGGAAAAAGUCGGCCUCACCAGAUCCAAGGGCACCUACAAUGCCAACGGCUACCUCGUGGGUUCUAACUCGGAUGUCCACCUGGACAUGACGAACGGGAGUUUCCAGCGUUUCGACUCUAUUGACCGUGAUUAUCGACUUUUUGGAGAAUCGGCACUCAACGGCACUCGUUACAACCUGUGGGGCGCUCCGAUUUCACCCAUCUCAACCGAAAUUCCUCCGCAACCCUUGCGUCCAGCCCCCGCCCCCUGUCUGCCCCCGAAGCCUGCAAACGAGCUGCCACAGACGCCUACGCUCUACGAGAACCAAAACCAAGCAGUCCCGCGACCAGCUGCAGCCAUGCAUCCGCUCGCAAACUACCCUUUAAUUCCGCCUCCACCCCAAAAGUCUCCAAAGAUGACCUCAGUCUUGCCGCCCCCGUCGUUUGCAGAUUCUUCUCCGCAAACUGCAAAUUCAGAGGAUGAAGGUGGGAAUGGGAACGCCGCAAAGCCAGUGCCUAGAAUGGAAAAAGAGGCGUCGGUGGAGGAGCUUCCGCCAUCGUCAGCACUCAAGAGGGCCGUUUCGUGCGACUCUCUCAGUUCAGACACCUCUGUGGUGCUCGAGAGCCUCGAAGAGCCCAAUGUCACGGGCUAUCUGUGCAUCGGACUGGAAUAUGACAAAACUCUAUGCGGGAGUGACAUGUCAGACCUCGUGGUGAGUGUGCUGGAGGCCAAGGACCUCACUGGACCUGAUCCAACGCAGCAAAUCGACUCCUACGUCAGGGUUUACCUGCUUCCCGACAAAAGCUCGAGCUUGCAGACCAGGGUUUACAAAAACUCGAACAGCCCGACAUACAAAGAAAAAUUCGUGUUAGGAAUGGAGACGGCCGAGCUGAUGCGACGCUCGCUUGUAUUCUAUGUUUACUCGAGUGACAAACAAUCCAACACCUUGAUAGGCGAGGCAGAAUUGCGACUCAGCGAUGUCACCAUGCGUCAACCUGUCACCACAUGGCUCACCCUCACAGACACCGGCCAGAGAGGAACUGAAUUCGGAGAGUUGAUGUUUUCUCUCAGCUACCUUCCCACAGCGGAAAGGUUGACCGUGGUAGUUGUCAAAGCACGCAAUUUGCGCUUCCCCUUAUCUAGCGAGACUGGCGAUCCUUUUGUCAAGGUAUAUUUACUUCAACAUGGUAAAAAAGUACACAAGAAGAAAACCUCAACAAAGAAGUCGGAGAAGAGUCCCAUUUUCAACGAGGCGAUGAUUUUCAGUGUACCAGCUCAUUCCUUACAGACUAUCCAGCUGCGACUGACCGUAGCUGAAAACAGUGGCGAGCCGCGGGCGUUUCCUAUCGGGCACGUGAUUGUUGGCUCACAAGCCUCCGGCAAGGCAUUAUCACAUUGGAACCAAAUGCUAACGUCAUUAAGAAAACCCAUCGCUAUGUGGCACCCGUUGCGGAAGUGAGAUGUGGGCCAAAUAUUCUAUAAAAUAAUACUGACAAGCAGAGAACACCUUUUAAUCCGAAAAAUAAAAGCGUUGACACUUGUGCGUUUACUAGCAAAAAAUUCAAAACAAAGCUUGAUAUAAGGAAAACAUGCUUGGAAAAAAUUAAAACUCAACUAAAAUCACGCGAUUUUCUCAAAUUGGAAAUUUUGGAAGAAAUUUAUAUAGCUGAUGCAAAGUUUGAAAAUAUGGCACAUCAUUAGAUUCGUCUCGCUGAGCAGAUUUAAAAAAUUUCCGACCACUGUCAAUAAAUUGUGACAGUGAAAUAUUUUUUAAAACAAGUUUUGACUUUUAAAUUAUGAUUUUUGGAUUAAAAGGUGCACUCCCCUUGGAUGAAUACACUCUAUAAUAUAUAUUAUGCUGUAAAAGAAACUGACCCUGCACUUGAAAUAUAAAUAUAUCACUUUUCUAAAUGGUCUACUUGAAUUUUUUCAAGUGACACAAAACUGUGUGUGUGUUAUUUAUUACUUGUAAAAAUUUAAUUAAUAUUCUGUUCUAAGUAGAUACACUACAAACUGUACAAUGUCAUUGUGGUGUAUGCGCCGUGCUUUACCUUAUUAUCUCGACCAAUAUAUUUGGGCUUUACUGCUAUUCUUCAAAGGACGUUAUGAAUAUUCUUUGUUAUUACUAGGAGAAUUGUAUAAUUAUACUGUGACUGAAAACGUGCCGUUGAAAAGCUAUACUAUAAUCUUAUCUCAUUGUGAUACCAAAAAUUUAACUGUUAAUGUGUAACUUCCUUAAAAUAAUAUUAACAGAGUGACAAAACUCAAUCUAUGUAAUAUGAAGAAGAGUGUAUUAUCCUAUGUAGAACAAAUCAGACACAAAUACAAUUAACUCAAGGUAACAUCCAGCCCAAACAUUGAAAUAAAAGUCAGCGCGCAGCAAUAUCUCUAAUAAUAGAGGCAGGGGCGAUUUUGUUGCACGCAGGCGCAUUUUAAAUAUUAAUUUUGAUAUUUCCACAUUCAAGCGGCUACACCUUUCAUUUUCCUACAAGUAAGUGAAAAUCAAUGACAAUAAAGGGUGGGUAAGGAAAAUUAUCUCAAACAAAUCAUUCACACAUGGAAUUAAAUAUGCGUGCAGCUACUUGGCAAUAUCUUAAAAAUAUUUUCAGUUAAAACUAUUUGUCUAAAAUUGACUGUUCAAACUAAUAUUAUGUGUAAUACUCAUUGUAAACGCACAGAGUGUAGAAAUUAAUUAAAAUUGAAAAUGGUAAAUAAUGGCUUUUCCAUUUCUAUAGGUUACACAGAUUUGGGAGGGUGACUUUGUGUCACCUUGAAAAAGCCAAAUAUUUGUUGGUCUCAUCAAAUUUAAUUAAAGUUUAUUCAAAAAGUCAGAGUCUCACUGUAAAAAUAUUGGUAAUAAAUCUGUGCACAUGAAUUAUUUACAUUUUCCAGGAUUAUAGAAGGACUGCAAGUUUCCAACCGUCUUUAUUGUCAUCCCGAAACAGAGAAUCGUACCUCAAUUUUCCUAAAAUGUCUCGAAUAACCCAUCCAUUUUACAUUGUUGAAAAAUUCAAAUUAAAAUAAACCCUUCUUUGUUUCUGAUAUCUGAAAAAUCAAUUGAUUGAAAGCAAAAAAUCUAUUUUGAUGCUGGAGCAGCGGGUCAAUUUAUUGAAAAAAUACCUAUAUUGACGGUUGGAAUCCCUAGCAACAAAUUGUCUUGAUAUUAUCUACAGAAUUUUUCGAACUGUACCUUUGGGCUGGUUCCUUUGGUGGAAAUACUGUAUGAAAAAUUAAUAAAGAAAUGGAAAAAUAGUAA